UCUCUCUUGCUCUUUCUCUCUCUCUCUCUCUCUGUCUCUCCCCCUUCUUCACCGCCUCGACUAGUCGAAACACAACUUGUUCACUCCGUCUCUCUUUCCCUCUCUAACACACAAACUUACACAGCUACGCGUAUAUACGGACAGAGUUUCGCCUCUUUCAUCUUUUGUACACACCGAACGACACGACCUUUAGUCCGAAGUUCUCCGGCAGUAGUGGAUUAUAGCGGAACGUUGUACGCUCUUGUGCCGAUAUCUGCAGGACGUGAGUAACGAAAGAGCGAAGAAGUACGCUAAACAGUCGACCAAUUUUCGGUGGGGAAAAUAUAUAUAUACUGAACAAGUGUCGACGACUCGAUUAUACCAAAAGCUUGCGAGAACACACCGAAUGAUGCACGCGACGAACAAUUGGUGACACUGAAAAACUUGUUGUGAUAUAUACAUAUGAGGAUAAAGUACAGACCGAGAGUCGGAGAAAAUAAAUAUUGGUUAUCGAAAAGUUGUUACUGUGACACUGCGCAACGCCACCGAGGAGGAUCAUCGAGUCAGGAACAGUGUUUUGUUCAAUAAACGUUCCUCACUCACCGUCGCCCCUGCAGCGGUAGUUGUGUCGUGACAGCGUCAAGUUCUCCUCACCACAUCUCAGAAGAUUGGAUCGACGUCCCGCUGCAGGUUCUCCUCUAAUAUGCCUCGAACGAUGUGGUGCAGGAGGCCAUGGGGCAUUACGGACCGUGGCACAUCCUUAUAGCCGUAUCGCUUUCCCUCGUUACAUUUCCAGUCGCCUGGCAUCAGCUCACCACAGUUUUUUUAGCCCCUCCGCCAAUUUUCAACUGCAUAUCACCAGAGAGUAUCGCUAACACGUCGAUGCGUUGCGAAGUUGACGUUGGUAAUAACGUCACGGAGAAAUGCACUGCGUUCAAAUACGACAGAUCCGUAUUUAGGGAAACUAUCAUAACGCAGUGGGAUUUGGUUUGCGAUAGAAAACAAUUGGCCAACGUUGCUCAGACGGUAACCAUGUUCGCGGUGCUGAUAGGAAACAUGGCAUUCGGGAUUAUAGCUGACAGGAUAGGCAGAAAAAUUCCAUUGGUGAUCGCGGUGCUGCUUCUGUCUCUGACAGGAUUGGCCAGCGCUUUUGCACCGUAUUACGAAUUGUUUUUAGUGUUGAAAUUCCUCGCCGCAUUGGCGACCGGUGGUUCAAUGCUGAUCAGUUUUGUAAUAAUUAUGGAAAUCGUCGGUGUCGAGUGGAGGCCAAUGUGGUCGGUUUUGUUCCAUCUUCCGUUUAUCACCGGUCACUUGAUUAACGUUCUGAUAUCGUACGCCACGAGGACCUGGUACGGUUUUCAAAUCGCGAUAUCAGUACCUCCGAUAUUAUUGCUGUCCUAUUAUUGGAUAAUUCCCGAGUCUCCUAGAUGGUUGUUGGCAGUCGGUAGGAUUGACGAGGCCGAGGUGAUACUGACGAAAGCAGCUAAAAGGAACAAGAUACCUCACGAAAAUGUUAGACUCGCUAUAGAGUCGUACAACGAUUUGAAUCCGAGGGAUCCGCAGGCUGUCACUGAAAAGUACAGCAUCGUUCAUCUUUUCAAAACGCCGAAUCUUCGAGUCAAAACGCUUUGCGUAUGCGCCAAUUGGCUAUCAUGCGGUAUUUGCUUCUUUGGCCUUACUCAAUAUGUCGGCACACUCAGCGGCGAUAUAUUUGUCAACGUUGCCGCUGCUGCCUCGAUGCAGCUCCCGGGUACAGUUUUGGUGCUGUUUCUCAUCUCGAGAGUUUCUCGCCUAAAGGUGUUGAUGGGUGGUAAUCUUUUGUCUGGCCUCAGUUUGCUACUUCUCGUUUUUAUAUCAAACUCAACGGCUCGGGUCACUCUGGCGACGAUUGGUCUCGUCGGGAUGUCGAUUAGCUUUCCCACCGUUUACCUUUACAGCACCGAAGUAUUUCCGACUGUCGUCAGAAACGUGGGUCUCGGUUUGGCCAGCGUUUCUUCUAGGAUAGGCAGCAUGGUUGCUCCUUACAUCGCGACCAUGCACAACGUUCAGCCCUGGCUGCCUCCUCUGUUAUUCGGCAUAGGGCCGUUGAUCGCGGCAGCCUUGUGCUUAUUUUUGCCGGAAACGAUGGGUUGCGAAUUGCCGGAAACUAUCGAGGACGGUGAAAAAUUCGGCAAAUGUUUUUCAGGAAGGAAAGAUCCUCUGAGUCAAGAAAUACGCAACAAGUCGAUGCGGAGUUACACCUCGUGAGUUAGUGAGAUAUUUGUGUUUUUUUUUUUU